AAAGGCGGGAGUGGGGUUUGCCGGGAGUGUUUUUUCUUUUGUGAAGCGUGAACAAGACAAACUUCUAGCAUGGCUCUGGUUAUGGAGCCUGUGAGCAAGUGGAGCUCUGGUCAAGUGGUGGACUGGAUGAAAGGCCUGGACGACUGCCUGCAGCAGUACAUCAAGACUUUCGAGAGGGAGAAAGUAGGGGGGGACCAGCUGUUGCGGAUCACGCACCAGGAGCUCGAGGAUCUUGGAGUGUCCAGGAUCGGCCACCAGGAGCUAAUACUGGAAGCUGUGGACUUACUUUGUGCUCUGAACUACGGGCUAGAGACUGAGAAUCUGAAGACUCUCUCCCACAAGCUCAAUGCAUCUGCAAAGAACCUGCAGAACUUCAUCACAGGGAGGCGGCGCAGCGGGCAUUAUGACGGCAGAGCCACUCGGAAGCUGCCCAAUGACUUUCUGACGUCUGUGGUGGAUCUGAUCGCUGCAGCUAAGAGUCUCUUGGCUUGGCUGGACAGGUCUCCUUUUGCUGCAGUGGCAGAUUACUCUGUGACCAGGAACAACGUCAUCCAGCUGUGUCUGGAGCUCACCACAAUUGUCCAACAGGACUGCUCUGUGUAUGAAACUGAAAACAAAAUCCUACAUGUGUGUAAAACUCUAUCUGGAGUGUGUGACCACAUCAUCUCCCUGUCGUCUGACCCUAUGGUGUCCCAGGCUGCACAUCUGGAGGUCGUGCAGCUCGCCAACAUCAAAUCCACAGAAGGGCUGGGAAUGUACAUCAAAUCAACGUAUGACGGUCUGCAUGUAAUCACUGGGACAACAGAAGGAUCCCUUGCUGACCGCUGUAAGAAAAUCCAUGCUGGAGAUGAAGUCAUUCAGGUCAAUCAUCAGACAGUGGUGGGCUGGCAGCUGAAGAACUUGGUGAACCUGCUGCGUGGCGACCCUGCAGGUGUCACCCUGACACUGAAGAAACGCCCACAGAGCACGCUCACCUCCACCCCUGCUCUGCUCAAGAACAUGAGAUGGAAACCGUUGGCUCUGCAGCCAAUCUUCCCUCAGAGCCCCAGCAGCAGUGUGGCUACCCCCACCAGCACUUUGAGUACUCCAUCCAGGAGGAGUAGCUGCGCCCUGCAGGACCUCUUCAUCCCCCCUCCUCCUGUAGAACCCUACACCCCCAGAGACGACAAAGGAAAUCUUCCUGGUGACGACUCUCAGUCGGAUGUCCAUGUCGCAGAGGGAUCUGAGUCACCAAACUCCUACCUGGAUCAGGAAUGUCGGGGGCGAUUUCCACUGGUGGAAGAAGAUACCAUACUGUACUGCUACGAGUACGACCAGAACCAGGAGGUGUCGUCAGUCCGCAGGGGCAGUACCCCCACCUAUGGCAGGCUGAGGCCCAUCUCCAUGCCGGUGGAAUACAACUGGGUGGGAGACAAUGAAGACCUGGCCAAGAUGAAGAGAGAGAGCAGGAGAGAGAAUUCCCUGCUGCGUUUCGCCAGUGAAGAUAAAACCCCGGGGGAAGACUUCCUGCUGGGACGCAGCCUGAGUCAGAACAGAAGGAAGACGGAGCGAGGAGCCAGCCCCACCCAUUACACGCUUGUCCCCGCCCUGCAGAUGGAGGUGUCCUUGUCCACAUCCAGCUCAGACUCAGCUUCCCUCUACCAUCAGGUAUUUGAAAGAUCCUCACUGCUGUCAAGGUCAAAGAAGAAGAGUAAAGCUGCAAGUCCCUUGCCUCUAAUCAGCAAGCGGAGGAUUUCCUGCAGAGACCUGGGUCAGGGGGACUGUGAGGGCUGGCUGUGGAAGAAGAAAGAUGCUAAAACCUAUUUCUCACAGAAGUGGAAGAAGUAUUGGUUCAUCCUGAAAGACACAUGCCUGUACUGGUACAUGAAUGAGGAGGAUGAAAAGGCAGAGGGCUUCGUCAGCCUCCCAGAGUUUCAGAUUGAUCGUGCCACUGAAUGCAGAAGAAAAUAUGCUUUCAAGGCUUGUCAUCCGAAGAUAAAGACUUUCUACUUUGCAGCGGAAAAUGUAGACGACAUGUCCCGGUGGCUGAGUCGCCUCAGCAUGGCAGUGGCAGGGUACUCUGAGCAGGAGAAAAUUUGCCACGACCAAGAUUACUGGAGUGAGAGUGAUCAUGAAGACAUGGAAAUGACCUCCAUGUCCAAACAGGACAGUCCACCACCACCGUAUGACACCUUUCCCAGAGCAUCCUCAGUGAGUCCCUACCUGGAACCCAAACGUGGCCAUCUUUCUUCCUCAGACACAUUCCAGUCCCGCUCCUCUCAUGAGGAGUUUCACUCUGAGCCUCUGGACGGCAGCGGCAACAAUAAUGGCAUCUCCCCCGGGCAGAAGUCGAGUCACAGAAACUCCUGGCAGGACCAGAUGGAGAGCAACGCCAGAAUGCACUACUUGCAGACGUUUCCCGUAGAGGACAGCUUGCUCUCCGAGGACAGGGACCAGCUAGCGAUGGAGUACCGUAGACAGUCCACCCUGCCAGCGCAGCGCAGCCUGCUGCAGGAGCAGUACAGAGCUCUGCCUCUGCCGCUCAGAGCCAGCAUCGACUCUGAAGCAGGUGGGAAACCCCGCAGCUUCACGCUACCCAGAGACAGCGGGCUGCACGCCAUCCUGGCCGCCACUGCUGCCUCAUCAGAUCAGAGGGAGCCUCGGCAGUACCAUCUGGAGCGACCAAGGGACACAGGCCUUGGACAAGACUGCAGGAUGCAAGCAGACUCUUUGGGGGAUUUGUAUCGGGCUCUGGAGCAGACGAGUCUGUCCACCUCAGCUGACCACAGAUCAGCCAGUCGCCUCGAGUACAAGCGCUCAUUUGUCCGCAGAGUCAACGACCCGCUACUCAAUGACAAGCUUCAUCGCCUAAGGGUCCUCCAUAGCUCACUCAAGAAUGUCCCUCUGCAAGACACACACCGCUCACUGGGUUAUUUAGGAUGAACAUCAGUGUGCUGAUUGAACCUCACACAUUGCCUCUGCUUGUGCCUCAUACAGCCAGCGUCCCUCCGCUGGAGUUAAAAGGCAUCAAAAAACCUUUUACCCCUGCUCGACUCUACAUAUCCUUUCCUUUUACUUCUCCUUCAGCCUUGCUCUGAAAGCAGGAGCACAAAGACUUGUUGUUUCUCUGCCCCUGAUCUCUUUAUCUAUGUAUAUAUGUUGGUAUAAAUAUUAAAGAUGAGGGCUGUAACAGAAGGCAAAAAAAAAAAAGUUCAAACAGACUGACAGGGUUAACGACAGGGUUUAAGCACUUUGCGUUUGUGUCCUAAAUUUGUUGGAGAGCUUUGUAAAUCAUUGCUCGCGUGCAUGGCCAUGUUUUUUUUUUUUUUUUUUUUUUUUUAACUUUAUGCUGGAGUUGUGUACAGCCACUCAGUGAGUAGAAGCUAUUUUGGAUGUACACAACAUUCCGUUAUGCAUGUGUGUAUGAUUUAAAAGUAUGUUUGUUCUAUGGGUGUACAGGAUGUUAAGCAUUUAUAUAAAUAUUUAAUAUUACACUACAACAGUGAAUACACAAUGUUUCGGGGUACUUAUACAAAUUGUAAAUCAAGUGCUGUGCCUCAGUGAUUGUGAAUGUACAUUGUACUUUUUCAAGACAGGUGAAGAUAAAGAAAGCAAGAUAUCCCUCAAAGCAGGAGCACAAAAAUAGAACGCUUGGCAAUAAUAAUAACCAGUAUUGUAAAUUUCAAAGGAAUGAUCAGAAUAGAUGUCUAUUUUUGUAUGCAUGCUGUCUACCUAAUUGUUUGUAAAUCAGUUUUGUAUUUCUAAGUGCGUUUGGUCUGGAGAAUACCGUUGUUGACCUCCCUUCCCACCUCCUUCACUUUGUGUUUUUAAGACUUACUUUGCAGUUUCCCCUCAAAGUUUCAGAUUUUUUAAGUGUUGGCCACAAGAAGAGAAAUAUCUGUAUUUAUUAAGUGUUUAAUGUACAAGCAUGCUUUGUAUAACUAAAAAACACUAUUACCAUGCCAUUGGA